AUGACAUUGGCUGACACUCUCUCUCGUCUCCCAAGCUGUGAAGACAAUGAAGACAUUGACCUGGACUUGAGAGUGGAUGUGAUUGAAUUUACUGCAGGAGAAAUCCACCAAUCUGAAUUUGACCUUGUCAAUUUUUCCAUCAACAAAUGUUACCAGCUGUGGACAGAAAAGACCAAACUUCACACUUGUGAAGACGUCUAUUGGUCAUACAUCAGCAAAGACAUCAAAGAAAUGUGUAGAUCCUGUCAAAUAUGCCAAGAAUUUGCAACUUCCAACAACAGAGAGCUACUGAUACCUCAUGACAUUUCCAGUACACUAUGGAAAAAACUAGGAACAGAUCUAUUUGAAAUCAACGGCAAAACUUAUCUGCUCAUUUGUGACUACUUCUCCAAAUUUCCAAUUGUGACUUACCUCAGCCAAACCGCAAGCAAAGCAGUCACAGAGGAAUUCAAAAAGAUUGUGUCUCUCUUUGGCAAACCUGAUGAAAUUUUCAGUGACAAUGGUCCUCAAUAUACCAGUAAACCAUUUCAACAAUUCGCACAAGAAUGGGGAAUUCAACAUACUACAUCAUCACCAAGGUACCCCCAAUCAAACAGAUUCAUAGAGAGACAGGUACAGACAAUUAAAAAGACAAUCCAAAAAUGUGAACAAAGUAAAGAAGACAUAAACAGUGCAUUGAUGAAUCUAAGAGCCACACCAUUAAAGAUGCCAUCACCCGCUGAGAUCCUAUUGAGCAGACCAAUCACAACGCUUGUGCCAUUACGCUGGAGCUAUUCUUAUAAAACUCAAAGACUAAGAAAACUCCUCAAAAAAAAAAGAAAAUACAAAUGA